CUUCCUCAUUCCCAAAUACCACGCCCAACACCCGACAUUUACCUUGCACACCACUUCAAUACAAACUUACCAGCGACACUCACCUUAAAAAUGGCCACUACUGUUCACGUCGAGAACAUCUCCACCAAGACAACUGACGAUGAGAUCCGGUCCUUCUUCAGCUUCUGCGGAAAGAUCCAGGACAUCUCAGUAACAAAGGUCGACGAAAACACGCAGUCUGCCUCGGUUACCUUUGAGAAGCCAGCAGCUGCGAAGACCGCGCUCCUCCUCGACAGCACCCAGCUUGGUCCCAACUCGGUUCAUGUCACCGCCGCCAAGUCCAUCGACGAGCUCGCAGAUGAGAAGGGCACUGCCGAAGGUGCCAAAGAGGGAGACCAUCUUGAGCAGGAGGAGAAGCCGCGGAGCCGUAUCAUUGCUGAGUACUUGGCUCAGGGCUAUGCCAUCUCGGAUAAGGCUAUUGAAAAGGCGCUUGCUAUCGACAAGGAGCACGGCGUGAGCGCGAGAUUCCAGCAAGUUCUCCUGAAUCUCGACGAGAAGUUCCAUGCCAAGGAAAGGGCUCAAGCUCUCGACACCAAGCUAGGCGUCCUCGAGAAAGUCCAAGCUGGCUGGCGCGGACUUUCCUCCUACUUCGAUAGGGCGGCUGAGACUCCCACGGGCCAGAAGCUGAGACGCUUUUACGAAACCAGCGAGAAGACCGUCGUCGACGUCCACAACGAGGCUCGCCACUUGGCCAAUCUGAAGAAGCAGUCCGGCGAUGGCAGUCACGUUGAGAAGAUUCCCGGAACGGACAAGACGCAUUGCGACUGCCAUAAGGAGGCGGGCAUCUGCCAAUGCCCCGAGGGAAAGUGCGCUUGUGCUGGGUGCGCUAAGAACAAGUCCGAUCCGGAGACCAAGGCUACUGCUUCCACUUGAUUCCUGCGUCUUUUCACACAAAGGGCGACAGAUUGCCAAGUGGAGGGGUGUUCCUUUCUGGAAUUCGGUGUUAUCUGGCUUCGUAGGGGGUUAUAGCAAGCAGGCAGAUAGGCUGGACGUCGUUGACGUGGAUUAGGUCGAGAGUUCUGGAGUUAGGGAUAUCCAAUAGGUUUAUUCAUGGACAAUGAGAUUCUCUUCUUCACUUCAUAAAUCAUGUAUGUGUUUUUCCUCGCGAGUUUGACCAUGGCUCCAAACAAAGCAGACAUUGAUGUCACUGCACAUCUACUGUGUAUAUCUAUCAACCAAUGGAGACAAUGCUAGAUUCUGCUAUUUCUCCAUGGCAAUCUUCCAGCGCCUAGCAGUCAAUCUCACUUGCUCCACGAGCCUUGAAUUUCAAUGCAGACAAAAUGGUAUCAUGAAAUGAGC